GGUUGACAUACUUGACAUUUGACAUGAUUGUUACCGAUACAUUUUAAUGUCACAAUGUUGAAAAUGUCAUAUGUUUAACAUUUUUGUCCUAAUUCUCUUGAUUUAUGAUAAAUUAUUUUAAAAUUUUAAUAUACAUUUGUACUGAUUAGUUAUUGUCAGGUUAUAAGCGAUAAUGAUGUAUACUUUUGUUGUAUAACAAGUAUAUUAUUAAUAUAUUAUGUGAAAAAAAAACAUUGUGAUGGCUGGUAACGAGAUUGACGAGGCUUUAGCCUCGUUAGAACUACUUAUGUCUGAGUUCUUUGCACCAGCCACAAGUAAUUUCAGGAAGAGGGAGAUUGAGAGUAUGCUUGAAAACUUUUCUAACCGAAGUGAUUCCUGGAAACAUUGCCUGAUAUUCCUACAAAAAUCACAUAAUCAAUAUGUCCUGAUGUUCACAUUGACUACUUUAGAGAAUAUCAUCAACCGGCAGUGGAUCCGUCUAUCAGACAAUGAGAAAACAGAGAUUCGUCUGACUUUAUGGAAUGAACUGUUGGCAAAACAUGAAGUAAUGAUAUAUUUCAUUAGAAACAAAGUAGCUGCACUGAUGGUAGCUAUUGCUCGUUAUGACUGGCCACAUUUAUAUGAUGACUUCUUCAGUAAUAUUGUUGAGUUAAUCAGAAGUGAUGGCUCUCGUUGUCUUUUGGGCCUGGUUUUGGCACAGGCAGCAAGUGAAGAACUUGGUGCAGCCCGUGACACAGGUGUCUUACUACCUUCAGAACGUAGAAACCAACUUGAGCGCCUUAUGCUUAAAGGGAUGCCACAGUUAUUGAAUGCUCUCAGUGAUAUCUUAGAGCGGAAUGCCCAAAAAGAAGGGCAGUCUAAUCCUCCACCUUCACCAACUAGUGGUGUUCCACAAACAUCUGCACUGCCUGAUCUAUUGACAAAUACACAUGAUGUUACUGCCAGUGAUAAAGUGCUGAAUAUGGAAAUAGUGGUGAAGUGUCUCACAACUCUCCAACAUUUGUUCUCAUGGUUACCAUUGUCCUCACAUGUGCCACCAUCACUAGUCACCACUGUGUUCUACUGGGGCAGUAUAGCAACACAAUCACAGAGCGUGGAGGCGGCGCUGUGCGGGCUGGGCGGGGUGUGCGAGCUGUUGUACCGGCGGUACGCGCCGCCCUCGUCCGCCGCCACGGCGCUGCGCCUGCAGCACUGCGCGCUGCGACUACUGCGACAUCUCACGCACACACCCAAUGCCAUCAUGCACGCACACCACGAUUACCUUAACAAGUUAGCAGAAUUCCUUAAACUGUUUGUAUCAUUACAUUUCAAGAGGUUGGAGGCUGAACCGGAGUUUGAUGCUAUUGAAUUUUUGUCGUAUCUAUUCCAAUACACAUUCCAGGUGCCGACAUGUGCUAUAUUUAUAAACUGUUUAGAUAUAUGGAUACAAUUUAUCGAUAUUCUGAAGCCAGAAGAUACUUCAAAAUACUGGGAAGCAUUGCAAGCAUUGGUGAAUGGAGUGUUGAACAAAAUACAAUUUCAACACAAUAAAGCGCAGUUACAACAUUUAGAUAACGAUAUACGCGACGAUGAUGGUCACACUGAGUGGCAUACAUUCCUGAAACAUUGUAUAGAGUGCAUCGCGCGUGUCGCAGAACUCGCACCACUUAAUGUUUUCACCAUUGUGUUGGAGCGUUGGCAAUGCCUAGCGGGCGUACACGCACGCGCGGCGUCCCGCGGCGGCGAGGGCGAGCGACUGCUGGCCGCUUUGCUGGACCUCGCCACCCUCACUCGUGUACUGGGUCGUCUCGCACCUGCACUGCUCGCUGAGUCGGAGAGCGGUCGUCGGUCGGCGGGCUGGGCGCUGGGCGCGGGGCUGGUGGAGCGGUCUGCCGCCGCGCUGGCCGGCGCCGCACUGACGCGGCCGCACCGCGCCGCGCCCGCGCCGCACCUCGCGCAUGCACACGUACAGGUGCACGCAGAAAUGUUUGCAUGUAUGGGCGCUUGGUGUUGCUACGCCAACGAGUGCGGAGUGCCAGUGCAGACUAUGGAGAGCUUAUUCUCUUCUGCCGUGCCCUUCCUUCUGCCACAUGAAAUACCGGAACCUCCACUACUUAGUCACGCGGCGGCACAUUUGCUGCUGAGCCUGGCAAAGAACGUGAAGUUUAAUUCGGAUCCAAUAGCUCUCUCUGGUGACUUAUACGAAAAUGCUCAACGCUCGCUUCAUUAUCUAGAGACAAAGACGGCGGUCGUAGUACGUGAAGCGCUAGUGUCACUUUCACUGCGCGGGGGCGGGGCCGCAGGGGGUGUGGCUGGGGGCGCGGCUCGAGCGCUGAUUGGUGCGUGGGGCGCAGUGCUGACGACACAAGGGCCGGCGCAAGCUCUGCCUCCACUCACUGCGUUGCUGCAUGCAUUCUCCGAUGCACCCACUCAAGCUAAGAAGGUAAUAGCGGAAGGUAUCCAGAACUCGGCGGAGACAGCGUUACGAAUGCUAUGCGAGCCGACAUUCGCGUCGGCCGAGGCCGAGAUUACGGACUUCUUCCUCGCGUUGUUCACUGCACUACUGCCGCAACUCGGCAGCUUUGCGUACACUGCCAUCGACGUGUUCCUAGAGGUCGCACAGAGGGGUGGUGGUGAGAGCGGGUUGGAGCGCCUGGUGGAGUGCGUUCGUCUGGGCGUGGAGGCGGGCGGCGGGGGGGGCGGGGGGGGGCGGCGUGCUGGUGCGGUCGGUGCUGGCGCUGCUGCAGCGCCACGUGCUGCCGCGCGCCACGCUGCACGCGCCCGACCUCGCGCGCGCCGCAUACCGACUGCUGGCCAGUGUGUUGAUCCACCGCUGGCGCUACUUCUUCCCGAGUAAGUGCGAGGAGUCGGAGGGCGCGGCGCGCGCGGACGAGCUGCGCGGCGCGCUGGCGGCGCUCGGCCGCGCGCUGCUGCAGCCUGACAUCGAGCUCUUGCGCCUCAACAUCGACACGCUCGACGCCCUCAACUCCAAGUGCAAGCUCUACCACAAGGUGAUGUUCCGCACGGAGUUCCUGGGCGAGUUCCUGUCGGUGCUGCUGGCGGGGCUGGCGGAGGGCGGGUGGCGCGCGCUGGCGCGGGACGAGGUGACGGCGGCGGUGCACGCGAUGGCGCUGGUGGACUUCCCCGCCUUCCGCGCCGCCUUCCUGCCGCACUUCCUCGCCUCGCUGCCCGGCCUCGCGCCCGAACACCAGCGACAUCUCGCGCAGUUCCCGCCCGAUACGGACCUACCCACGUUUACGCAGAACAUUCAGCGUCUUAUGAACGACAUCAACUGUUACCGCGCGUACAGUUCGCUCGCGCCUACCAACAUGUCUUCCUAGCAUCGCUCGUUAUUUCACGCCUCCCUGUGAUAUAGGUGUUAGGACAACUUGUGAUAACUUCUGUACUUCCACAUACGUAAACCAAGAAUGUUUAGUAUGUUUGUGCCGUAAACUGUGUUUAUAAUGGGACUUUAUGAGAAACGGAACUGUAUUUGAGUGACUGUCAUGUCUUUAAUACUUUUAACGUGUCAGUGAAUUGAAUUCGAUAUGGAAAGAAAUAUAAAGAAUAACAUAAACAUUACAAAAGUUUAAAAUACACCGUAGGUUUGUUGUUUAUACAAUAUAAGGUUACUUAAAAAUAUUUUAAGAGGGAAUUGUGAUCUUGUGGAACGUAAUUUCAGUGACUAUUGACAAUGUUAGCAAAAUAUUCAUUUAUAGAUGCUUAAGUAUAUAUAUCAAGUCUUUUUCAAAUUAUGAAAUUGU